CGCGCCGCUUUGUCCCGGAAGUGACUGGCCGGGCGGCCGAGGCGACGGUGACGGCGGCGGGAAGGGUCGGCGGGCGGGAGGCGCGGUUGCCAUGGGAGCGAGCGGCGAGGAGGGAAGCCCGGCGGGCGGCCUGCCGGAGCCCGAGGGCCCGAGUACGAAUCCUUGGAACAUCAUGAUUAAGCACCGCCAAGUUGCCCGAAGAGGUCGGAGAUCACAGAUGGCAGUGAGCUUCACCAAUCCAAACAUUUCCAUGGAUCUGUUGCGAGCUGUCCUGCAGCCCCACAUCAAUGAGGAGAUCCGCGCUGUAAUCAACAAAUACACCAAGUUUUUCCACAAGGCUGCGUGGAAUGUGAAGGACAAUAUUGGUGAAGAUGUCGACCCUGAGCAACUGGUGCAAGAAACCUGCAAAAACUGUUUGGAACAGGCUAAGAUGAUGUACUCAGAUGGAGGGAAAAUGAUUACUAAACCCAUUGGAGACCCUUCUGCCACAAAGCGAUCACGACAGGCGGAGGAUGACCUGAGCCAGAGAGGGAGUCCAGUCCCAAAGAAGAGGAAAGGAAGGCCGCCGGGACACCUGAUUUCAUUUGACCGGACAGCUCCGAAUGCUGCAGUUUCAAAGGUUAAGUACACUGAGCCAGUCAAACGGGAAGGACCCAAGUGGGACCCAGCCAGACUAAACACAUCAACCACGUUUGUGCUUGGAUCGCGUGCUAACAAAGCCUUGGGAAUGGGCGGGACUCGUGGAAGAAUCUACAUAAAGCAUCCCGAACUCUUCAAGUAUUCUGCAGACUCGCAGGACAAGCACUGGCUUGGAGAGAAGCACCACAUGCCGGCCACGGGGGGCAAGAUGGCCUACCUUCUAAUAGAAGAUGACAUUCGUGAACUGGCAGCCAGCGAUGACUACAGGGACUGCCCUGAGCUGAGAUUGGAUGAGCUCCGACCAUUUAUUGUCCCGAUGUGGAUGCUGGAGAAGAUGCAGAAGUACAUGGUGGCUGUACGGACAGAGAAGGAGUAGGGCGUUGCGCUGAGAUGGGGAGGGAAGGAUGGUGAGGAUGGAAGGUUUUAUUGCCAGGAUUGGCCGAGUGUCUGGUGGUAUAAUUAGUCCUUUUGAAGGACUGGAUGUUCCUAGUUUCUAUCACUAGUGAUCCUCACAGUACUUGCCUCAGGAUUGUCAAAUGGGCACAAAGUAUUGAAAAGACCAGGGCUGGUCAUUGUGUGAAGCAAGUGACCUUGGUCACAUGUAAAUUGUGCCUCUAUGUGUUUGUGCUCUGUCCAGCCUCUGUGUCUGAAGUUCUCUGAGGUGUCCAGUCAGGUCUUGGAGAAACUGCCCUCUGCCAGUGGCUGAGUUGCAAUAGCUUUAAUAAUUGUAGCAACUGUUCCAAACCCUGUUGUGAUGGGAGGCGCUGUCAUCACAUUGUAGAGCUGGGUGGUGUCCUCCACCAUGUAAAUGGAUGUAACCUUUCUCUCUGUUCAGUAUUAGACACGUUAAUUAUCAGUAGUUUACAGGGAUGGAGAGGUUGCGACUGAGUAGCUUUGGAGCCUGUAUAAUGAUGUCAGAAUAGAUGGCAGUAGUAAAAGGUAUAAUUAAGGUCUCACCCCAUCAGCCUGGUGAAGAUAAAGCUCCGGUCUGAUUUCCCCUGUCGCGUCUGAGUCCUAAGGCUGGAAUUCUUUUUGAAACGAGCUGUCUAGUCCUCUGGGAAUGACAUUACUGGCUUUUAGUACUGCAGUUGUAACCAGCAUCAAGUCAGUGCUCACUGAGUGACUGCAUCGAAACUGUGUGAGUUUUAAAUUGUGCAAGCUUAGACACGUGCAAGCUUUCCCUCAAGUUGAUGUAGAUCAGAAAUGAGCUCCUACCAUGCCUGUCUAUUUAACUCUCUAAGUUUGGAGAUUUGUAUCUUUCUUACGCUUGUUAUCAAUUAAAAGUUGUUUUUUCUCCCCCCUCUCU